CUGGGCUGGCACCGGCGGUCGCUCCUGGUGCCCGGCCAAUGCGGUGUCCCCUGGCAGCACCGCGACAGCGGGAAUACCGCAGUUAUGUCUGACACACGUAACGGUCACCACGCAGUUUGCGGAAUCUGAUGCCAGUAAAUAAAAUAACAAGAGAAAAAUGUCAUUAAGGAAAGUGAACAUUUCCAUCCUUAUAGUGGCUGUUGUCAUAUUUUUGCUAGUUCUUCAUCAUAACUUCCUAGGCCUCAGUGACUUCUUGAAACGGGAGUUGACAGAUGCAAAUCCAUUAGGACUUCAGCCUAUAGAUUUCAUACCUGCAGUUCCCCAGAGGCUGGCAGAUGAAAGGAAUGAUAAGGAGAUUUCUGUGGUCAUUGCAGCAUCAGAUGAGAGGCUUGGGGGUGCAAUUGCAGCCAUGAACAGUAUUUACCAUCACACCAGAUCCAACGUGGUUUUCCAUAUUGUUGCUUUGAAUGAUACAGUGGAUCACUUGAGGCUGUGGCUAAGUAACAGUGCUUUGAAAAACCUGAGAUACCGCAUUUUGGAUUUUGACCCUCGUGUCUUAGAAGGGAAAAUAGAAGUGGAUCCUCAAAAGGCAGACACCUUAAAACCACUAACCUUUGCCAGAUUCUACUUGCCCACUUUGGUACCUCAUGCAGAGAAGGCUAUCUAUGUGGAUGAUGAUGUAAUUGUACAAGAUGAUAUUCUUGAACUUUACAACACUCCUUUGAAACCUGGACAUGCAGCUGCAUUUUCAGAUGAUUGUGACUCAAUCACCAAUAAAGUUGCUGUCCGUGGGGCCGGCAAUCAGUAUAAUUACAUUGGGUUUCUAGAUUACAAAAAAGAAACCAUCCGAAAGCUUGCCAUGAAAGCCAACACCUGCUCUUUCAAUCCAGGAGUUAUUGUUGCCAAUUUGACAGAAUGGAAAUUGCAGAACAUCACGAAGCAAUUGGAGAAGUGGAUGGCACUGAAUGUAGCAGAGCAACUUUACAGUAGGACUCUGGCUGGCAGCAUUACAACACCUCCAUUGCUAAUCGUAUUUUACAAGCAACAUUCCAGUAUUGACCCCAUGUGGAACGUCCGGCAUCUCGGCUCUACUGCUGGAAAAAGGUACUCUCCUCAGUUUGUGAAAGCUGCCAAGUUGCUCCAUUGGAAUGGACAUUUCAAGCCAUGGGGAAGAACAGCUUCAUAUGCUGAAGUCUGGGAGAAGUGGUAUGUUCCUGACCCUACAGGCAAGUUCAGCCUAAUCCGCAGACAUUCAGAAGCCUAUGAAGCAAAGUAGAGUCCAUUUUAAUAACUGAUGGCAUUUUCUCAGGAAACUUCUGGAGCCAAGCAGAACUUUGGUGUUUAGCCAACUUGUAUUUCAGAGCAGUGCUUUUGCCUUUUGGAGCACGAGGUGAGGCAAUAAUUCCGGUGCAGUUCUGAAAUGCACAGGUCCAAAGGAGACUCACUUGUGCGACAGAAGAUGCUACACCAUCAGCGCUACAGAAAGCAAGGGAAUAUGUCCACGAACUAGGCCUUUUAUUAGUUCAUUUCUGUCUGUUGUGCAUUCUGCUGCUCUUUACUACAAGUCUUCUAGAGGAGAAGCUACAGAAAGAAACAUUUCUAAGAACAAGAUACAUCUUCAACUGGUGCUUGCACCAUGCAAAUCUUGCACAGCAAUGUACUGUAAUUAAGAGCUGCUUGAGUUUUGUUUUGGGUUCGUUUGUAUGUUUUCUUAUCUUGUGAAAUCCUUUCCUCAAAGAGUCUUUUCUUGCAUGAAACAUUCUUCUACCCAUUUCUGUGUCUUUCCUGUGGAAUUCUGCAGAAACAGAUUUAUUUCUUGAAAUAUUAAUUUUUCAAGUAUUACUACACUAUGCAAAGUGAAGACUAAAUCCGUUUUUGUAAAGUGGUAGAGAAAACUUUGUUCAAAAAUAAAAGCUAAUUCUAACAUGUUGACUCAAACCUCA